CUGGCCAUUUACCUGAACUCUUUAUUUUUUUGUCAGGCUGAUCCUCUUCCUGGAACAAGUCACCAUCUCUACAGUUUGAAGAUUGUGGGAAGAAACAUGUGGUGAAGUGUCAGAGCUGACAGGCUCUGUUCACUGCGCAGACACAUGUUGUUGAGAUCAGAGCUCAGACUAUUGUUUCACUUCUCAGACACUGAAACUCAGACAGUCGUUCUUCACUGAGAGGUGAAAUGGAGCAGAAAGGAGUUGAGCUGGAGCAGGAAUCCUUCUCUUGUUCCGUCUGUCUGGAUCUACUCAAAGAUCCGGUGACUAUUCCCUGUGGACACAGCUACUGUAUGAGCUGUAUUAAAACCCACUGGGACAUACAUGAUGCGAAGAGGAUCUACAGCUGCCCUCAGUGUAGACAGACCUUCACACUGAGGCCUGUGUUGGUGAAAAACAUCAUGUUGGCUGAUUUAGUGGAGCAGCUGAAGAAGACUGGACUCCAAGCUGCUCCUGCUGAUCACUGCUACGCUGGAGAGGAAGAUGUGGCCUGUGAUGUUUGUACUGGGAGAAAACUGAAAGCCGUCAAGUCCUGUUUGUUUUGUUUAGUCUCUUAUUGUAAAAAACACCUCCAACGUCAUUAUGAUGUACCUCAGUUAAAGAAGCACAAGCUGGUGGACCCCACCAAGAAGCUCCAGGAGAACAUCUGCUCUCGUCACGAUGAGGUGAUGAAGAUGUUCUGCCGCACUGAUCAGCAGUGUAUCUGUUAUCUCUGCUCUGUGGACGAACAUAAAGGCUACAACACAGUCACAGCUGCAUUAGAAAGGACCGAGAGGCAGAGAGAGCUUGAGCUGAGUCGAGAACAAAUCCAGAAGAGAGUCCAGGACAGAGAGAAAGAUGUGAAGCUGCUUCAACAGGAGCUGGAGGCUCUCAAUGGCUCUGCUGAUAAAGCAGUGGAGGACAGUGAGAAGAUCUUCACUGAGAUGAUCCGUCUGGUGGAGAAAAGAAGCUCCGACGUGAAGCAGCAGAUCAGAUCCCAGCAGGAAACUGAAGUGAGUCGAGUCAAAGAUCUUCAGGAGAAGCUGAAGCAGGAGAUCAAUGAGCUGAAGAGGAAAGACGCUGAACUGAAGCAGCUCUCACACACAGAGGAUCACAACCAGUUUCUACACAACUACCCCUCACUGACACCACUCAGUCCGUCUACACACUCAUCCAGCAUCGACAUCCGUCCUCUCAGGUCCUUUGAGGCUGUGACGGCAGCUGUGUCAGAGGUCAGAGGUCGACUACAGGACGUCCUGACUGAGUCAGAGACAAACAUCUCACUGACAGUGACUCAAGAGCCCAAGACCAGAGAGGAAUUCUUAACAUAUUCACAAGAAAUCCCACUGGAUCCAGACACAGUAAACAAACAUCCGUUAUUAUCUAAGGGAAACAGAAAAGUAACAAGAAUGAGAAAAAAACUGUUUUAUUGUAGUCACCCAAACAGAUUCAAUGAUUGGCCUUAGGUCCUGAGUAAAGAGUCGACUGGACGUUGUUACUGGGAGGUGGAGUGGAGAGCAGCAGUUGAUGUGGCAGUCGCAUACAAGAAUAUCAUCAGAGCAGGGAGGUCACGUGAAUGUAGAUUUGGAGGCAAUGACAAAUCUUGGGUGUUAUAUUGUUGUGAAAAUAGUUAUAUCUUUUAUUACAACAGAAUCAAAACUCCAGUCUCAGGUCCUCGGUCCUCCAGAGUCGGAGUGUACCUGGAUCACAGUGCAGGUGUUCUGUCCUUCUACAGCGUCUCUGACACCAUGACUCUCCUCCACAGAGUCCAGACCACAUUCACUCAGCCGCUCUGUGCUGGAGUUGGGAUUAAUUUUUUAUUUGGAAUCAAAGCCGAGUUCUGUAACCUCAAAUAGUCUUGUCAUUUAAAGAGCAGUGAGUUAAAUUGUGUUUAAACCUUUAACUUCUUUUCUCUCAAAGCUCCUUGUUUAUGAUGUCGUUGUUUCCUAAAUCAUUGUACAGAUAAGUUUCUUUGAUGUGUUAUAACCUGUAAUGAUCAUAAUCAACGAGGAGAUGAUUUGUUACUUUUUUUUCCUAUCUGAGAUUGAGGUGAAACAAACUGAUUGUGUGGAUGAAUUUAAUCUGUCCAUCAAAUCAUAGAACAUGAGUCGUUGAACAGAAAUGUGUGAACGAACUGAAGGUUUUAAUAAAGAAUAAAUGAAUGUUUUCUUUCGUCUUCAUUCCAGCAUCUCGUUCAAAGGUGAUGGAGACAAUGUGAAACUGACGAGAGAAUAACUGUAUAUGUAUAUGAACUUGUAUAUUCAAUAAACCAUUUACCGAGGACUAAUGAAUAAUAUCAUUGUAUUUCAGUUAAAGGAGUAAAUCUAUUGAACAGCUGUCAUGAAGAGUUGAAUGUAGUACACUCAAGAGCAAAACUGUUUUAAUAUAAUGUACUGAAGCAAUAUGAAAAUUGUUGAGCUGCAAGUAAUGGCAAGGUGGUAAAGUAAGCUUUUGUCUAGAUCUGUGUACAGAAAAUGUGCUUGUAUAUGAAUGUCUUGUUUAUUUUUGAUGGCUUUCAAUCUGGAGGGUUUUUUUUCAAAUAUGAUUUGUUUAAAAAGAGUUAAGACCUUCAGCCUACACCUGUUUUACAGACCGCUGAUAUUUGUUCAUAUGUUAUUAUUGUUGAAAGUCAGUCUGAAAUAAACAUCAAACUUCAA